GUCAGAAGAAAAGAAUGGAUGCAGUUCUCAUUUCUUCGCGUUGAUGAUAUCAUUUCUUCUUCUCCAAUCGGAAGGAGCUUAGGAAGUUCGUCUGAUUCUCGCCGAUUAUGUCUACGAAGAAAGUGAAAUCGACAAACGACGCGAGUAGCAGCCACGGCGGCGGAAACGACGGAGAAAGCGUGAUCGCUGAUCAUGGCCGCCACAAAAGCACUUGCGGCUACUGUAAAUCCCCUGCGCGCACCAGUAUCUCUCACGGUUUAUCAGCAGAGAGUCUUACCGUUAGUGACUACCAAGAUUUUGUUCCUUCGAAAGAGCAGCAGCGAGUGUCUAGGAGACUUGAAAGGUUUUUGGAUGGCAAACUAGAUGUGCAGCCCAGGGAACGAACAGUACAUACAGGUGCUUCUUCCUCUGGUGAAGUUUCAGAUUCAGGGAGAAAAACACUUGGAACUGCUAGAAGUGACGAAAAGAAUAAAGUUGAACCAAUUUUGGAUAAUUUGUCUACAAAAAUUGAUCAAGCUGUGCAAAGAUGCAUACAGAGUGGGGAAUUCCCUUCUAAUGUGAAGAUACCCAAAGCUUCAGUGAAGAAGGUUUUUUGUGCUAAAAGGAAGAAACUUGCUGAAGGACCAGAACAACUCUUAUAUACCAGUAAUAUUGCAUUCCCAAUAGCCGCUGCAUUUAAACGCGACCAGAGAUCUGAGAAAGGGGAGAUACAUAAUGCAGAAGAAAACAGAUUAUCACCUGAAACUAUUUCUGAAAUGCUGUUAAGUGCGAUGAGUAAAGUGGGGGAAAUUCCUGAUGUGUCGAUAAAGGUCUGCAAGGGUCAUAUCAAUUUUCUUUCAGCUUCCAAAGAUUCUUUCUCUGACAGAGGCGUUGUUCUUAAUGAUAACAUCUCGAGAGGAGCCAAUUCAACAGGUGACGGUGAAAUCCUUCAAGCCAAGAAGGAUUUAGAAAACCAUAAGGCAAGAAAGCUAAAGCUGGAGAUGCGUUUGAAAAGGUCCAGUUUUGAUCCUGAAGAACAUGAGCUAUACAAACGGUAUCAGCUGAAAGUGCACAACGAUAAGCCGGGGCACGUAGUAGAAAGUUCAUACAGAAGGUUUUUGGUCGACUCUCCUUUAAUAUAUGUUCAGCCUUCAGGUGAUGAAAAGGUUCCGCCUUGUGGCUUCGGAUCUUUCCACCAGCAAUAUAGAGUUGAUGGCCGUCUAAUUGCUGUUGGGGUUGUAGAUAUUCUUCCUAAAUGUUUGUCAAGUGUGUACCUAUUCUGGGAUCCAGACUAUGCAUUCUUAUCGCUUGGGAAAUAUUCUGCCUUGCAAGAAAUUAACUGGGUAAGAGAAAACCAAGUUCAUUGCCCUACUCUUCAGUAUUACUAUCUUGGCUAUUAUAUACAUUCCUGCAGCAAGAUGAGAUAUAAAGCAGCCUAUCGUCCAUCUGAGCUUCUAUGCCCUCUCCGUUUCCGGUGGGUUCCAUUUGAAGUAGCGAGGCCGCUGCUUGAUAAAAAGCCAUAUGUCAUCUUGUCCGAUAUCACCAAUUCACAAAACCAAUGUUCUUUACUACCUCAUGCUUCCGAAACUCUCGGGGAACCUACGACAAAUGAACAUGAAGGCAUGGAACAAGGGGAGACGAAUGAUCAUUUUAUGGGAGGCAGUGAUGAUGAGGAUGAAGAUGAUGAUGAUGAUGAUGAUGAUGAUGAUGAUGAAAUGAAUGAAGUUGACUCAGACCCUGGAUCCGAAGAUAUCGACAUUAACAAUAUCCUAAUCGGUCUUUAUGGAUCCCAAUAUAGAUACAAGGAUCUACGGCAAAUCCUGACUCCUGUAGGCCGGAAGCAACUGGAACCGAUGUUACAAAGGUACCGGAAGGUCGUGGGCAACGAGCUUUCAGAGAGAAUGGUGUAUGAAAUCAGGUAAAAGCUUAAAUUAACUCCAUUAAGCUUACUUACCAUCAGAUAAACUCAAAAAUUGUUUGAAAUAACAAAGAUGAGUACUCUAUCUCUCAUGUUUCAGUUGUUGUAUGUAAUGAGACUUUUAACAUGCCGUCUGUCUCUCUUUAAGGUUGUUACAGGUGUUUGUUAUAUACUCACAAGUCACAAUUACCUUUUUCUGUGAAAGAAGUUCAAAAUUAACUUAUGCUGAUUUAG